CCAUGGUGAUAUAGCGACACUAAAACAGAUCCACUUCCGUGUCACAGCAUACCCUGGCUAACCCACUAAUCGAGAUUAGUAUACCCCACAGGUCUGACUAAAUAAACACAAAUGGCAAUGAACCAAGACACGUUUUGCACAUCUGUUGCACAUGAAAGAAAGAAAACCAUCUGUAUAAAGACUUGGAAAAUGGUCCCUAAGAAGGAUUGUUGAAAUAGCCUUUUUAAAAAGUUUAGAAAAUAUGAAAAAAGUCUGUAUUUUGGAAUACCAACCAAGAAAAUGGGCAUCUGCUAUGACUCACCUACUAGGUUAAUAUUUAUUCGUUAUUUAUGAAUGAAAUAAUAUGUAUUUAUUCAUUCCAUACCCCUUUCACACAGACAACUUGUACACAAAUGUGCCAUCAAACUACACACAUACUAAAUGUAUGACUAAUUUAAUUGUUAUUUGAAAUGACUGCCCUUAGGCCUAUAGUUUUGAGUUAAAACAGUCCCUAUGUUGCAUUUACAGUUCAGCAAAUUGAUAACUCAUAAAUCUCCGAUGUGGACAGCUCACAUCAUUGCAAUGCAAGCGUUGAUUCAGUAUCUGUGAAGGUCUACAAAAAUAAUAAAGUUAGCAUCUGCUAACUGACUCAUCAGUGGUGCAUUCUGGAUGUGAUGUUAUGUGAACAUGCAUUGCCGAGCUACUAAGGGUAAUUCGUAUGCCUAAACUAGAUAAAAUGUGUUGAGUUGUUGUGGCAUGUUUACAUAAAGGAUGGAGUUGGAUUUGCAGGUCAAGCGAUUGGCUGCCUAAACUGAAUGCAGGGAACCAAUCAGCAUCAAGAAUCUCUUCAACGCAUGCACAGCAGAGAGGUAGGGGAAAGAGGAGAUUCCAGCCUGUCUUUCACAGUAGAGCUCUAAACUCCAUAUUACAUCUGGACGUAGUGAACACGGAGAGAUGGCCGAUAAACCGCCACCUAGAAAACAGCCAAAGAGGAUAAGAUCAGAGGAACAGAAACUGAAGAAGAAAGGAUAUGACUUGGCAAGGGCGAAGAGUCGCGUGAACAUCGGCGUGGGGUUUCAGCGGUGGAGGAACCUCAGAGAACUGAAAUGCAUGAAGACAGACGAAGAUCUUGCUCUUUUCCUGCUAGAUUGUUUUGAUCAGAAUUCACUGUCACCAGGAAUUGCACUAAGAGUUCAGAGCAUCGUAGCUGCUGUGCCUGGGCCUACACCUGUAAAGAGUGAGGAGUUGAACCACAGCAGUGCAGACGAGGUUGUCGUGAAGUUGGAGUGCCUGCUGCAGCUGUUCAAGGAGUGCCUAGCGUGCUGCAGCGAAUGCAGCAUCAGUACGGAGCGCGACGGAUGGUUCUUCUACGUCACCCAGAAGUGUCAACAGUGCCACUACAGCAGGAAUUGGGCGAGCCACCCGACGGACCAGAUCAUCAGCGACCCAGCAGAGAAUCAUGAGGUUGUUAAUGAGACGAUGGGCCCGUCUUUUGGGAACUCGGACACCGAGUCUGCCGAGGAAGAGGGGGAUGAUGUUGUGACUGUCAUAUAUGAUGGCUCCGACGACAGCAUGGACGGCCAGAGAGAAACUAACACGGAGGAUAAAGAUGAUCCCGCUCUCUCUGGGGUAGCAACGACUGUCAAAGACAGUGAUGAGGAGGAGGAGGAAGAUGAGGAGGAUGAAGAGGAUGAGGAUGACGACAGCGAUGAGGAAUGGGUCAUGAAGUCCAAGAAGUUUUGGUCUCCACUUGGGGCGGCGGAAGGUCCUGCUGCUGCGUCAUCGGAGCGGUCUGAAGCCAGCAGAGAGGCGGAACACGAGCCCCCCAUGGUGUGGUGCAACAACUGCAACACCGAGUUCACGCGCAGCUGCUACAGGCUGCGCCACAAACGCAUCUACGGCUGCAUCCAGUGUGGCACCAAGGACGUCGCCAACACCACAACCACCAGCACCGCUGGCAACUCGGACGCCAACACUCCAAAUAGCAACCAGGACGUCGCCAACACCACAACCACCACCAGCACCGCUGGCAACCCAGACGCCAACACUCCAAAUAGCAACCAGGAUGUCGCCAACACCACUACCACCACCAGUGCUGGCAACCCAGAGUCGAACAACCAAGAAAUCACCACAAACACCACCACUAGAAAUGCAGAGCACGGGGCACUAAACUUCCAGGACCUGGCUGUGUGCUUCGGCGACCUGCACAGUUUCCAGAAGCACGCACGGCAUUGCCACGGCAUCAAGGAGUUUCGGGACCCCUGCCCAGACUGCGGCAAGUUCAUCACCUUAAGGAACAAGGUCAGUGGUGGCCCCCCACACAUCUGCGAGCACAAGGCCCGGCCCAACUCCUGUCUGGUGUGCGGAAAGGGUUUCGCCAGCCAGAAGGGCCUGCUCAGUCACAUGACCUGGGUUCACCUGAAAGGCAAGCCCAACAUAGUGCGCUGCAACUACUGCCUCAAGCGCUUCACUUUCCGAAAGCAGAAAAUCGAGCACGAGAAGGUCCACCAGAACGAAGAGCUGAAGUUCUCCUGUCCUCACUGUCCACUGCGGUUCCCAGACUGCUACGCGCGGAGCGCGCACAGGAAGACGCACCGCGUGUUCAACACGUUCACGUGCAAGGUCUGUAACAGGACCUUCAAACAGGCCUGCAAGCUGGAGCGCCACAUGGCCGUCCACACGGGACUGAAGCCCUACACCUGCAAACUGUGCGACCGCUCCUUCAACCAGUCAGGCCAUCUCAAGUCCCACAUGCGUGUCCACACGGGGGAGAGACCCUUCAAGUGCCAGGACUGUGGGCAGUGCUUCAACCACAACGUCAGCCUCAAGAACCACAUCCAGCGUAAGCACAAACCCCGAGCCGGGGAGUGGACCUCGGGCGAGGAGGAAGACCGAGGAGACCUGGGGUCUGGACUGAAUUGAACGCUGUGUGACUGAACUGGAGAGUCCAGAGCGCUCCACUGUUUAAAUGUGAAGGACAGGGUCAGACUGACCAAGAGGUGCCUUGCAGUGCAGUAGGUCUCGUCAGUCUGUUUAUAGGGCCUUUGAAAGCACCAGUGUCACGAAACGUGGCUUCGUGUCUCUGAAGGGUAGUAAUAUUCUGGGGCGUGUUUCCCAAAGCCAUAGUUGCUAACUAAGUAAGCAACUUUGUUGGUUGCACUGCAAUUUCCCAUAGCCAACCAACUAAGUUGGUAACAGGUUAGCAACUAUGGUUUUGGGAAACGCACCCCUGACUGAAUGGGGGUACCUCAUGUUUGAAGGGUAGUAGUAGUCUGACUGAAUAUGGGAUGCCUUCCUGUGAAGGGUAGUAGUAUUCUGACUGAUUAGGACAGAUCCUGAAUCAGAGCCACGAUGAAGAACCAUUCAUUCAGAUGCAAAUAUGGGGUAAACUAAUGGACUGUACAGCUGGGAGUUUUGUGAGGAGAAAUGGACAUUAAAAAGAUUGGUUCUCAUGUUUUUCAUUGUACAUAGAACAUAUGCCUGUCUAGUUCAUUAUUGCACCUCAAGUGCCUGAUGUAUAGAGAUGACAUUGGUGUUUCUACAACAUAAUUGUGUAAAAUGUUUUCAUGUUUUUUGAUACUAUUUAAAAUAAGAGUUUAUAUUGA